AUGCAGGCCCCCGCACCCCUCGCCGUAAAGCAAUGGUACACAAUCUUCACCCGCGGCGGCGCAAUCGCCCGUCCUCUUGCUGCUAUCUCGGCGCUGGCAACGGGGUAUUUGGCUUAUCACCAAGACCGCACCUCCACCCCCUUCCGCCUCAACGCCCUCGCAACCCUCCUCCUCCCCUCCAUCGUCCCGUUCACGAUCCUCGUCCUCGGCCCCACAAACAACAAACUCAUGGCGAAGAAAGACGAACUCGCCAACGCCUCCCUGCGCGACAAGCACGUUGAGCAGUUCGCCAAGGAAGGCGAGACAGUCAAGGAAUUGAUGGACAAGUGGGCUAGUUUGAACUUGGCACGCGCGCUGCUCGUCGGUGUCGGUGCGGUUUGCGCUGUUGCGGCGGGUGUUGUGGGAAGGAGGGAGGUUAAGGAGAUUGGCAGGUUUGCGGGGUGGGGACGGUAA